AUGGAAGGACUCACCCCCUCAGAGCAAAGAGAAUUCCAAAGCCGCAUGGAAAGAAAGCAAAUGAAAGAAUUCAUGGGCGUUUCGACUCUUGUGCGAAUCAUAAUGGUAUCUUGGGACCUACCUUAUAUGAUCAUAGUCGCCGUUGCAUACAAGGAAUUCGCGAGUCCGAUGAUUAAAGCAUUCCCAGAUUGGCAACAAGCAAAAUGCUUGAAUAUGUUCUCCAACCUCGUUACCCACUGCUUCGAUGCCUGUGUCGACGAUUUCACCACCAAAUCCCUCAUUGCUCGUGAGACCGGUUGCGUCACUCGAUGUGUGCAGAAGUUUAUGGCGGGAAGUGAGAGAAUUGGUCAGAGAUUUCAGGAACAACAGGCACAGAUGAUGAGUCAACCUCCUCCUGGGUCGAGGUAA